CGUGGUGCGGCUCCACGGCCAUCUUUGUGCGGGGCUGCGCUUCCGCCCGCUCGCGCUGCAGCCGGGACUCGGCAGUGGGAGGGCUGGUGAUGGAGCGGUGGGUUCGCUCCCAGCUUCGGUUGUGGCUGCUGUUGCUACUCCUGCUCCCGGUGCCGGGCCGCCAGAAGGAGUCAGGUUCAAAAUGGAAAGUAUUUAUUGACCAAAUUAACAGGGCUUUGGAGAUUUAUAAACCAUGUUCAAGUCAAAACUGCAGCUGCUACCAUGGUGUCAUAGAAGAGGAUCUGACCCCUUUCCAAGGAGGUAUCUCCAGGAAGAUGAUGGCGGAGGUAGUCAGACGGAAGCUAGGGACCCACUAUCAGAUCAUUCAGAACAGAUUAUACCGAGAAAAUGACUGCAUGUUCCCCUCAAGGUGUAGUGGUGUUGAACACUUUAUUUUGGAAGUUAUUGGGCGCCUCCCUGACAUGGAGAUGGUGAUCAAUGUACGAGAUUAUCCUCAGGUUCCUAAAUGGAUGGAGCCUGCCAUUCCAGUCUUCUCCUUCAGUAAGACAUCAGAGUACCAUGAUAUCAUGUAUCCUGCUUGGACAUUUUGGGAAGGAGGACCCGCUGUUUGGCCAAUAUAUCCUACCGGUCUUGGACGGUGGGACCUCUUCAGAGAAGACCUGGUAAGGUCAGCAGCACAGUGGCCAUGGAAAAAGAAAAAUUCCACAGCAUAUUUCCGAGGAUCAAGGACAAGUCCAGAACGAGAUCCUCUCAUUCUUCUAUCUCGGAAAAGUCCAAAACUUGUUGAUGCAGAAUACACCAAAAACCAGGCCUGGAAAUCUAUGAAAGAUACCUUGGGAAAGCCAGCUGCUAAGGAUGUCCAUCUUGUGGAUCACUGCAAAUACAAGUAUCUGUUUAAUUUUCGGGGUGUAGCUGCAAGUUUCCGGUUAAAGCACCUCUUUCUGUGUGGUUCACUUGUUUUCCAUGUCGGUGACGAGUGGCUGGAAUUCUUCUAUCCACAGCUGAAGCCGUGGGUUCACUAUAUCCCAGUCAAAACAGAUCUCUCCAAUGUUCAGGAGCUGUUGCAGUUUGUAAAAGCAAAUGAUGAUGUAGCUCAAGAAAUUGCUGAAAGGGGAAGCCAGUUUAUUCUGAACCACUUGCAGAUGGAUGACAUCACCUGUUACUGGGAGAACCUGUUGACUGAAUACUCUAAAUUCCUGUCCUAUAAUGUAACAAGAAGGAAAGGCUAUGAUCAGAUUAUUCCCAAAAUUUUGAAAACUGAACUCUAGUAGUCAUCAUUGAGCCAUAGUCCUCUCUAUGGCAGCAGAUCUCAGACAUCCUGUGGUGAGAAGCUCACUGUGAGUGUGACACCUACACCUUGGAUACUAUUACCAAGCCAAAUAUCUGGUUUUCCUUAUCAUGCUGCAACAAGAGCAACUUUCGAGAAAGAUCCAAAAUGUGUUUAAUAUAGAUAUGAAGCAGCUCAACGCUUUGGCUGAAUAAGGACCAGAAAUCAUGAGAUGCGGGUUUUGAACCCAAUUCUGCCUUUCAUUUUCUUAGGACCAAUCACAGCUUGUGCAUCAGAUCAUCCACAUGUGUAUGUCCCUCAGUUUGGAACUGACUGUGUCCAUGGGAUGAUGCCCUUUGUCUCAUUGUUUGGAGUAGAAAGUCAAUCAUUUGGAACUAGUACAACUCAUCAAUGCAGUUCUGCAGUUAUUCUACACUUGAUUUCUGUUGCUAUAUUUUAAUGUAGAAAGCCCUUUAGGGUUUGUGAAAAAUACUUGGGGAUUAUUUCCUAAAAGGUCUAAGGAAGCAGUAGUGUGCCAUGCCAUGAUGUAGGAGCUCUCUUGUAAAAGCCUAAACUCUUUGGUACUCAGGAGAUUUCUAUAAAGCCACGUAGAAGGGGGCCAAUUGCAUGAGCAAUUUUUGCAAUUGGAUUUCAAGUUCCCUUUUUGUACCUUCACACCCUUCUUUAUGUUCUCUUUCAAAAAAAAGAGAUAAAAACCUCUUAAUAAUUUAGGAAAUGGUCCUUACUUUUUAGAGGAAUUGUGCAUAAAACAGCAUCUGUUCCUUAUUCUUCACACACCCUUAAUAUUUUUCCUCCUUGAGUUGGCGGUAGUCCAUGCUUGCAGGGAUCUCAAGGAGUCUUCAUGUGUGAAAUGGUGUUAAGUUGGGAGUUCAGAGCAUUCAACUUUAGCACUUACUUAUAUAGGAGAUGUUGGUUUUAGUGCACAUCCAUGUUGGAGUGCUUCCUUUCCCCUUUUUGAAAAAGACAUUUGGAUAGUAGUUUAAUCUCAGGCUGUUCUCCCUAACAUAGUUGAAAAUGAAGAAAAAAAUUUAGAUUAAAACCCAUAUAGUUCGUCCCUGGUGGCACAGUGGUUAAGAAUCCGCCUGCCAAAGCAGGAGACACGGGUUCAAGCCCUGGUCCAGGAAGAUCCCACAUGCUGCGGAGUAACUAAGCCCGUGCACCACAACUGCUAAGCCCGCGCUCUAAGGCCUGUGAGCCACAACUGCUGAGCCCAUGUGCCACAGCUACUGAAGCCCACACACCUAGAGCCUGUGCUCCGCAACGAGAAGCCACCACAAUGAGAAGCCCGCGCACCACAACGAAGAGUAGCCCCCACUCGCCACAAUAGAGGAAGCCCGUGCACAGCAAUGAAGACCCAGUGCAACCAAAAAUAAAUCAAUAAAAUAAAUAAAUUUAUAAAACAAAAACAAACAAAACAACCCAUAUAGUCCGAUGACACAGAACCAUCUUUGUCCCUUAGGCCCAAACUUUCCACAGAGAAAUCAACUCUUUGCCUUUGCCUUUUAAGAACUUUUUGGUAUUAACUGGUUUCAAAAUUAGUAAAUGUGAGAUUCAGUUAUAUAAAAUCAGGGACUUUAUUCUACUUGUGAAACGUGUUUGGCCUUUUAAACUCCCUUUCACAAAAUUGUAAGCCUACAGACCUUCUUAGAGGACCUUCUGGUAAGAUCAUUGCAUAGAAUAAGGCAGGUGUUUAAAGUUGGAUUUUUUUGAGUAUUAAAAACUCAUGGGGGGCUUCCUUGGUGGCGCAGUGGUUGAGAGUCCGCCUGCCGAUGCAGGGGACACAGGUUAGUGCCCUGGUCCGGGAAGAUCCCACAUGCCGCAGAGCGGCUGGGCCCAUGAGCCAUGGCCACUGAGCCUGCGCGUCCAGAGCCUAUGCUCUGCAACGGGAGAGGCCACAACAGUGAGAGGCCCGCGUACCGCAAAAAAAAAAAAAAAAAAAAAAAAAAAAAAAAAAACAUGGGGACUGUGUCCUUAGGUGCUAUAAGUCUGGCGAUAAGCAGUCCAGAUUUCUGAGUUGUACUGUGAUUUUGCCUAAUCAAUAGGAGGCCCUGGUAGAUAUUAUCAUUCUAUUUUAAUUUUCUUCUCACUAAACUAGGAGCAAAAUUUUCUGUCCUUUGGAUUAGGAGCUGAAGGUGCAUUUCCCUGGGAGUGUUUCCUACUUUGCUUCAAGAUCCAGCUCAAGCAUCAUCUUUCAGAAUCCUUGUUUUCAUUCCUCUAGGCAGUCAGAGGCUAUCAUAAUACUUUGCUCAUGCCUGUAUUAUAUGAUAUCACAUUGCACUGUAGUUAUUUGACUGUUUCUCCUACUGUUCUGUGAGCUUCUUCAUGGGUGAGAAUCAUGUUUUACUUACCCUGAUUUCUCCAUUAUCCAGCACAGUGCCUCACACAGAAGGAUGCACAGAAGAGUGUUGGAAGGAUGGAUGGAUGGAUGAAUGGAUGGAUGGAUGGAUGGAUGGAUGGGGACAGCAGGCUUAACUAAAUCCUGUUUACAGACUGCCCAGACGUUGACUUCAGGGGGACUGGACAAGACUGUAAGAAUUGGAUCAAUGCAAAUUCUCACCUGCCCUUUGAAGAGUUAAUAAGAACAUCUUUGUAUUUAAGUACAGCAAAUGUUAUUCAGAUUUUACAGUUAUUUACCUCUGCGUAGAUGGUAUGAAGAUGGUGUGUAAUGACAUGUAAA